CCAGCAGUGGAAUAACCCGAACCCCGACGUGCCGAGUCCAGUCCGCGGGAGCGGGUCUUCCCUCCCCCAGCUCGUCACUCGUCGUAACGGUCGAUUUUGCAAUCGCAGGAUAAUUAGCUUCUCCCCGCUUCGGAGCCAGUCAUGGUCACUGCCCAAGCUAAAUCAAUCGCAAUAGCUACUCGCGUUGACUUCGAUCAUCCAUGUCCACCGCCUUAAUCAGAGUCCGCGAGGAGGAAGCCGGGCUGGGCUCGCCGGCGAAGGAAAAAGCGGCCACCAGAGGCUUGUACAGCGGCCGAUGGCCGCUCCUCCUGUGGCGGCUCCGCCACCCGCUCUGUGGCGCCGCCUCCAAGCUGAGGCUUCUCUCCUGCGUUGUUGUCCUGGGCCUCUUCCUCUUGGUCGGUUCGAGAUUGAACUCUUUCAUGGGAUGGAACUUUCACCAUCCUUCUUCAGUCUCUUCUCCUUCAAGGGGUGGUUACACUGUGCUAAUCAACACAUGGAACCAAAAUAACCACUUUAAGCAAAUUGUCGGCCACUAUGCAUCCUGCGCUGGUACCCAUGCGAUACGGGUCAUAUGGAGCCAAAGUGGUCCACCGCAGGAGAAGCUGAAGUCCCAUCUCAAUGAAGUUGUGGCGUCAAAGUCUCAUAAGCAUGAUUUUAAGUUCGAUAUCAUCAGUGACGGUACCAUGAUAAGUAGAUUCAGGCCAAGUGGGGACAUCAGAACUGAUGCAGUUUUCUCUGUUGACGAUGACGUAAUUAUUCCAUGUCCUACUCUAGAUUUUGCUUUCACGGUGUGGCAGAGUGCUCCUUCCACUAUGGUGGGAUUUGUUCCCCGUGCACAUUUGCCGGAAGCAGAGAUAAACGGUGUUCCAUAUUACAAAUAUGAAGGAUGGUGGCCAGUUUGGAGGAAGGGCACCUACAGCAUGAUUCUUGCACAAGCAGCAUUCUUUCAUAGAAAAUACCUGGAUAUGUACACCUCUAUAAUGCCAUCGACAGUUUAUGAUUAUCUUAUUAGGGAGAGAAUUUGUGAAGAUGUUGCGAUGUCUCUGCUCAUUGCCAAUGCCUCUGGUUCUCCUCCAAUUUGGGUGAAAGGAAAGACUUACAAGAUAGGAACCUCAGGUACAAGCCGUUUAGAAGGGCAAACUGACCGUAGAAGCAGAUGCCUGAAUGAGCUGCUUUCUCUAUAUGAGACCGUGCCCCUUAUGCAUACCAAUGUGAAAGCUGUUGAUGCAAGACAGGAAUGGUUCUGGUAAAUCAUGCUGGAUCCAUUAAAAUUGUGCCUUGGCCGUUUCGGUUAUUGCCGUGCUCGUUUAGGACUUCAGGCAGUCACUUGUUGCUCCUGGGUUAUUGUACAUUCCAUCAGAGCCGGCUAACUCGAGAAAGAACAAAGAACUUCCUGGAACGGGACUCAGGAUGUCCUUAUUGUCAAUUUUCUUUCUUUUCUGAACCCUUUUUGGUGGAAAACUUGCACAAACCAAUGGGGCUCUUAAAGUGUAGUCCAUGCAUGGGAGAACCACUUUACUUUGUCAGAGAGGGACAUGCUCAAUGGUUCAUAUUAGUAA